AUGCUGCUCCCUCCACCCGAUGCACUCGUGGUGCUGCCACCUCUGCCUUUGAUGCUCCCCUCCACCAAUGGCGCCAUGCCUCUCACCCAUGAUGCCUCUCCAUCUCGUCUCGAUGUUGUGUCUUCCAUGGGUCUCGGGAAUAUCGUCGAGUUCAAGCUCUUCCUGGGACAUUCCAAAUUGCUCUCCAUCCCAUCUACGUGCCCUUUGCUGCUCCACUCUUCUUCAUCCAGAUUUCCUUGGGCUAGCCCGGCAUCCUCUGCAUGGGAACACCUUGCCCUACUGGCGUCAGAAAGACCAAGUACGUGGUCGAGUGAUAGCUGCAGUUACAGCCAGGAUAUUGCAUCGAGGUCAACAUCUCCCUGGAAAUACUCGGAUCGCUCACCUUCAUCUGCGUGCUCUCCGCUGUCAUACUCUUCAUCGAACAGUAACCCACCAGCCGCUUCUUCUUCGCCUAGGACCCAGUCUCCUGCACUACAAGCGUCAGAACGACCAACAAAGCUGGGUAGUGCUUCCGUUGAUGCAAGAACUGUGCGGUCAGGCGAUGGCUGGUGGUGGCAGUUGGGGAACAACAUCACCAUUCCAGAACAUCCCAUGUUUCUCUCCAUACCCACCUAUGCACCCUUCAUUGCCACACCCUUUUGGGCCAACCUUCCGUCGAAAGUUCUGUCGUCUUCUUGUACCGCCCAAGCCGUGGAUACUUCUUCAUAUGAGUGCAGGCCAACACAUCGAACACUAGGCCACUCCUGGGAGCAUCGAGCUGCCCAGCUAUCAGAUUCACGGCUUUUUGAAAACACACCAACACAAAAUUAUGGCAGAGAUCUUACAGGCGGAGAUCCCACUGGUCAUUCACUGAUUCAUCCACCAAAGCAUUCAAUUCCUCUUCUGUCAAUCUUGAUAGGGACGCUUCUUGGACAUUUGUAG